AUGAACUCGAGCCUUCAAUUUCAGGAUAAAUUUCCUCCGACUUGUACCAUCUACAAGAGGAUCGGUGGCAAACCAGAAGAUUAUUCCAAUUUAGCCUACGCUAUUUUUACUGUGAUGAUAAUAAUCAAUGUCGCAACGUUUCCUUUUACCAUUGUGUUGAAUCUGUUGGUUAUGAUCGCUGUCAAAACCAGGGUGAGGCUACAAAGCAUGUCAAACAUCCUAUUGGCUUGCCUGGCAUCUACUGAUGUUAUGGUCGGUUUAGUUGUCCAGCCUCUCCGUGUUGCUCUUUUUAUAAUUCUCCUAAAAGACGAGACCACAAGCGGUGGUUGCUUAGUACAUGUCUUGGCAGCAGUUUUCUCGUUUAUCUUGUGCCUUGUUUCAGUUGAGCAUCUAUUACUAAUAACUAUAGAUCGAUAUUUCGCCAUUAUGCAUCCCUAUAGUUACGAUCGAACUGUCACCAGAGCUCGCGUGAUAAGCGGUUCUUGUCUUUCAUGGAUUUUAACUGCUGCUAAACAAAUUUUAUGGUUUCUUAACCGAGACCUCUUUACAAUUGUCAAUAGCGUUAUCUUACUUUUACUUCUGGUGGGCAUUGUUGUCUUUAAUGUGGUACUGUACUUUGAGGUUCGACGACAUGAAAAGCAAAUAGCAGACCAGCAAGUUUCAUUGGAGGCAAGAGAAAACUUUUUAAAGCAAAGGCGAGCUUUUAAACUGACAAUGAGUGUUGUGGCACUGUUAUUUAUAAGUUAUCUGCCCAUUUUUAUUUUCAGAGCAGUUACGGAGCCCUUAAAAAAUAACAUUUCUUUGGGUACAUUUUGUGCUCUUUAUCUCAUCCCUGGUUCCUUGGCAGCUUUAAACUCUCUUAUGAAUCCCUUCAUUUAUUGUAUUAGAUCAAGGCAGUUUCGUAUAGCAUUUAUUGAACUGAUGAUGAGUAAAAGCUACAGCGAAGCUAACGAAUUCGAAAAGAAAUUUUUUGGUUCAAAUGCUGUAGGUAAUGGAGCAUCCCAAAGCAGUGCGACUAGAAGUACGACAGAAAAGCAGGAAGAGACAGGAGCCGAACAUUAG